UAUCGUCAGCAUCGUCAGUCAGUUAGUCGGCGGGCGGCGCAAUUCAACGAGUUCUGUUUAAACAUACGACAACUAUUAAAGCCGCAUAUUGGCUCAGCUAUUUGCCUAACAAAAAUAAUUGCCAAUUCUUAAUACAAUAUGUCGGAGGAAGUGCCCGCCAAGGGCAGCAUAUUGGGCAAACUCAUGCCCGCACGCUAUGUGCUCGCCCUACUCGGCUCAAUCGGGAUGGCCAUUGUCUACGGCCUGAAGGUUAAUCUCAGUGUGGCAAUGGUGGCGAUGCUUAACCACACGGCUAUCCGCAUUUCGGGAUCCGGCGGUGACAAUGAUACCAAAAACGCCGCAUCAGAUGUGGAGGAGUGUUAUCCACCAGGCGGAGCUUCCAAUGUGACCGUAAUAGUGGAGGAUGGCCCCUUCAACUGGAGUACAACGCUACAGGGCACCCUGCUCAGCUGUUAUUUCUGGGGCUAUCUGGUCUCUCAAAUUCCUCUGGCUCAUGUGGCCGAGAACUUCUCAGCCAAGUGGGUCAUGUUGUUUUCGGUGGCUAUCAAUGUGGUGUGCACGAUUCUGACGCCCCCCUUAACCAAGCUGCACUAUGGAGGUCUGAUCCUUAUGCGUGUGUUGGAGGGCGUUGGAGGUGGGGCAUCAUUUCCGGCUAUGCACGUCAUGAUUGCCUCCUGGGCGCCGCCCACCGAACGCAUGGUCAUGUCCACAAUCAUCUACGUGGGCACGUCUGCUGGCACAGCGCUUUCUAUUUUACUGGCCGGCGUUCUAUCUGCCCAAUGGGGCUGGGAGUCUGUCUUCUACGUCAUGGGCGCCCUCAGCUGCAUCUGGAUGUUACUGUGGAUAAUUUUGGUUCAGGACAAUCCCAAUAAGCAGCGCUUCAUCAGCGCCGAGGAACGUCAAAUGAUCACCAACUCUUUGGGCACAGAAGAAAAGGUGGAACACCAUCCGAAGGUGCCAUGGGGCAAGGUCUUCACCUCGGUGCCGUUCUGGGCCAUUCUGAUUGCCCACACGUGCAACAACUUUGGCUGGUACAUGUUCCUCAUCGAGAUCCCAUUCUACAUGAAGCAGGUGCUUAAGUUCAAUGUGGCCAGCAAUGCAGCACUUAGUGCCCUGCCCUAUUUCCCCAUGAUUAUAUUCAGUAUUAUCCUAGGCAAGGUGUUGGAUACGUUGCAGGCAAAGGGCAAGGUAACGACCACAUGUGCUCGCAAGACCGCCACCUCGUUUUGCACCAUCAUUCCGGGUAUUUGUCUACUCUGGCUGUGCUUCAUUGGCUGCCGUCAUUACGAGGCCGUGGCCAUCAUGUCUGUUGGCAUUGUAGCCAUGGGCGCCAUGUUCUCCGGCUUUCUCUCCAACCACAUUGAUAUUGCGCCGAACUUUGCUGGCACUCUGGUCGCUCUCACCAACACGGCGGCAACCGUGCCAGGCAUUGUUGUGCCACUGUUUGUGGGCUUCGUGACAAAGGGAAACCAAAAUAUUGGAGCUUGGAGAAUCAUUUUCGGUGUGACGAUCGCCCUAUUCGUAAUUGAGUUUCUCGCAUUCAUCAUCUUUGGGUCCGGCGCCGAACAACCGUGGAAUAAAUCCGGGGAAUCGAAGGUGGCGGUCAAAGAUGAAAAAACACCGCUGAAGGAAACUCCAGCUAAGCCGUGAAGCGGAACCUCGAUUUAUGUUCGAACUCAAUUAAUUUAAAUUUGUUUGAAUGAAACAAAUGAGCCUACAAUUGUCACAUUUGACUGUAUAUACCAAUACACAACUACAAAGAUAUAGCUUUUAGUUUGCCGUAAUGCUAAGUAUCAGAACAUCUUAAUAAUGGAGCUACCUCUGCAGCCACCGAACGAAACUCUAUUUAAACCCCAAUGUACUUAACAGACAACAUUUAAAGGGUUAUUUACAAAUAAAACGCUACCUGUCUGUCAUAGUAAACAAAA